AUGGUACAUUCGUUGAUUGAAGCGUAUUCCCUACUUGACCAGAUGAAGAUAGUCAAGCCAAAAGUGGCCUCCAUGGAGGAGAUGGCGAGCUUCCACACAGAUGCCUACUUGCAGCACCUGCAGAAGGUCAGUGAGGAGGGGGAUGAUGACCAUCCGGAGUCCGUGGAGUAUGGACUGGGUUACGACUGUCCGGCUACUGAAGGGAUCUUUGAGUAUGCGGCAGCUGUGGGAGGAGCCACCAUCACCGCAGCCCAGUGCUUGCUGGACGGCAAGUGCAAGGUAGCAAUUAACUGGCCUGGAGGGUGGCAUCAUGCAAAGAAAGAUGAAGCUUCUGGCUUUUGUUACCUGAAUGACGCUGUCUUGGGGAUCCUGCGGCUCCGUCAGAAAUUUGGCCGUGUCCUUUAUAUCGAUUUGGAUUUGCAUCAUGGGGAUGGAGUUGAAGAUGCCUUUAGUUUCACCUCGAAAGUCAUGACUGUUUCUCUGCACAAGUUUUCACCAGGAUUUUUCCCAGGCACUGGCGAUGUGACGGAUGUAGGCCUGGGUAAAGGUCGCUAUUACAGUGUGAAUGUACCUAUACAAGAUGGCAUUCAGGAUGAGAAAUAUUACCAGAUCUGUGAAACCGUGCUGAAGGAGGUGUAUGCCGCGUUCAACCCGGACGCGGUUGUACUGCAGCUGGGGGCAGACACCAUUGCUGGAGAUCCCAUGUGCUCUUUCAACAUGACGCCUGAGGGAGUAGGCAAAUGCCUGAAGUACGUCCUGCAGUGGCAGCUAGCAACUCUCAUCCUGGGAGGAGGAGGCUACAACCUUGCCAACACAGCUCGCUGCUGGACCUACUUGACUGGGGUCAUCCUUGGGAGAACACUGUCCUCCGAGAUCCCCGAUCAUGAGUUCUUCACAGAGUAUGGUCCUGAUUAUGUGCUGGAGAUCACACCAAGCUGCAGACCAGACCGCAAUGAGCCACAGAGAAUUCAAGAAAUUCUGAACUCUGUCAAAGGGAAUCUGAAGCAUGUUGUUUAGCGGAGAAGGAAGGC